AGGAAAACGCUAACCUUUAUCGAGGAAAAAGAUCUGAGAAAACACACUACUGCAGCCAAGAGUGUAAUGGAAUUCAACUUUCCGUGGCUGUCCGGUGGAAAAGAAUGCCAUAACUUUCAGCAAACAUUUUUUUCCUCAAACGUGAUUUUUUACGUGGGAGGAGAAUGACUGUCCCAGCUGAGGACCCGUAAAAAUAUACUGGUUAUCAUUUUGUUGUUAGCUAACUAUUUAGCAUGCCAGCGUCGUUGCCUUUUAAACUAGCAUAGCCCACUUGCUACAUUUUGUUUGGAAUAAUUCAAUCAGUUGCGAUUCUAUUUUAUCACACAUCAAGCUAGCUAGUUAUGUUCUGAGCUUUAGCAUUGUGGUCCUCGUUAACAUUAUUAGCCACUUUUAAUUCAGUUAGCGUUAUUUACUUGCGCCAGCAUAGUUAUCUAAAUUAACCCACAUUUUGCCUGUUAUUUGCAUAGCUAGUGUUAUCAAAUUAUAGUAAUUUAGUUAUUUUCUUUGCCGAUGCCAUACGAGUUUGUUUUACGCACUUGAAGUAUCUAGCUAACUGGCUACUUAGCGAGCUAAUUUGGUAAUUAGCUACACUAGCUAGCGCGAGCUGGUGUUCUGUGAACGAUGCACACUGGUCCUGGCGCUGCUUUUUCCAGUCUGCGAAAACAAUACUCUGUUUUGAUAAGCCCCUUUGAACCACCGCACGUUUGAUUUAUUGAUGUAUGCCUCUAGCUAGAAAGGUGUUUGGACAUUUUGUUUUGUCUUAAUUUUUUUGCAUUAUUUUGAAUGCAUAUUUUAUUCGCCGCACAGAACGCUUUUCUUCUUGUUUUAGCGUGAGGCGCUGUCUGCCAGCUCCCUAGUUAGUGCAUGUGUCCGUUGCUUUUUUCCCUGUAUGUUUCUCAGGGCUACAAAGCUAGCUUGCCAGUUGCUUAGCUAGCAGCAUUUAUUCGCUAGUUUACCGUGGUUAUUGACGAGCAGCACAAACCGUUUAUGAAUGUGGAACUGCUUUGGAAUUUAAUUUUUUAGGUUAACUAGCUGGCUGUAAUUAAUUACUAUCAGCCAGUGGCGUAUGAUUUGCGCUGGGGGUUUCAUUGUUAGCUAGCUAUCUGGCUAAUUGUGUGAAUUCGAUUGUGAGGAAAGGACCUAGGUUAUUUUGAAAGUAGCUAUGGAUGAUCAGACGCGAAUGCUGGCAGGUCUCGCCGGACUCGGCGGGUUAUCACAAGGCGACGUUGGCGACCCUGACUCGGUUAGAAAACAGCUCGGCCAACCGCAACAAGACAUUGGGGAUAUUCUACAACAGAUCAUGGCCAUCACAGACGAAAGCCUGGACGAGGCGCAGGCCAGAUGCUGGCCAGAGGAGUCGCCGGCGCACUGGGGCGGAUCAGAUGACCCCGCAGAGGGAGGGGAAGCUGGGGGGGGGCACGGCAGGGGGUGGCCUGCCGCUCAACUUCCAGCACAGGAAACACGCCCUGAACUGUCACAGAAUGAAGCCCGCCCUCUUCAGCGUUCUGUGUGAGAUCAAAGAGAAGACGGUGCUGAGUAUCCGAGGCAUUCAGGAUGAGGACCCCCCAGACCCCCAGAUCAUGCGUCUGGACAACAUGCUACUGGCCGAGGGCGUGUCUGGCCCGGAGAAGGGCGGGGGCUCGGCUGCGGCGGCGGCUGCAGCAGCAGCAGGAGGGUCGCCCGGCGCCGACGGAGGCGUCGAACACUCAGACUACAGAGCCAAGCUGGCCCAGAUCAGACAGAUCUACCACUCUGAGCUGGAGAAAUAUGAACAGGCAUGCAGUGAGUUCACCAACCACGUGAUGAACCUGCUGAGGGAGCAGAGUCGCACGCGGCCCAUCUCUCCCAAGGAGAUCGAGCGCAUGGUGGCCAUCAUCCACCGCAAGUUCAGCUCCAUCCAGAUGCAGCUCAAACAGAGCACCUGCGAGGCCGUCAUGAUCCUACGCUCCAGAUUCCUUGACGCUAGGCGUAAGAGGCGUAACUUCAACAAGCAGGCUACAGAGGUUCUGAACGAGUACUUCUACUCCCACCUGUCCAAUCCCUACCCCAGUGAGGAGGCUAAAGAAGAGCUGGCCAAGAAGUGUGCCAUCACCGUCUCCCAGGUUUCUAAUUGGUUCGGCAACAAGAGAAUACGGUACAAGAAGAACAUUGGUGGAUAUCCUGCACCGUGUUACACACCUGACGGCAGGCUAUGAGGAGCUGACCGCUAGCACCCUCUAUGCCCCACACCGCCUCGACACUAGCAACAGCUGGCAGGACAACACCCACCCCUCCUGUGUCAUUUCUCCACCAGGUCCCCCUGGCAGCGUCCACUCUGACACCUCCAACUGAGACACCCCUCUUCCUCCACCACAAGAGACCUCUUUCUUUUGGGAUAUGCUCGGACUACCCCCCCAUCCUCCUUCCUGCCUACCUCUCCACUACCGGUCCGGACUGGGCAACUCAUGCCAGGCGCUGUGUAUACACACACAUACACACUCUCAAACACACACUUCUGUGGACUGUUAAGAUGGACAAGUGAACAGAAGACAUUUACCUUCCACACUACAGAAAUUCUGGAGGUUUGUUUUUGUCUUCAUAUUGAAUGAGGAGACUGACUGGCGCCUGAUCAUGACAUCAUAACCCCUCGCCGCCUCCAGGMCCUUUGACCUUUGGGGAACUACUAACCCAACCUGGCUGUGUAGGGCAGGUGAUGAUCACUGAUGAUGUCUGUACAUUACCUGUGUAAAUGCUCAUGUCAACUCCACAGUGUUCACAGCCUGCCCAUUACCUAUCCCUUGUGAGGUUCUGGUGUUGACGCGUGUGAUAGUGGUCACACACACACACACACUCUGGCGAUACGGAUCACAGGACGAGCUCUGCUCACCUUGCUUGUACCAAAGUGAUGUCCUCUCUCCUCCUUCCCCCAACCUGAUAGUUUUCACCCCCCUUCUGUUCCUCUGAGAACCAACUAGUAACACAAAGACACCGCUGUUGUUUCUCACGUCUUUUAGUAUUGACUGAGUGCAUUAUAGGUCAGACAUGCACACACACACCCCACUUUUACAACCCCUCGUAUGGAAGGUGGACACAGAUCUGUCAAGCACAAACUUUUGCACCUUUUUACAGGUGCGUCUACCUGGCGACAGUAGUUCUGGGGAGUUGAGCAUACAGUUGGCUUGAGUGCAGGACUGAAGAUGGAGCGGGGAAAUGAGCGAUCCUCUUUAGUCCUCCAGAGGUCGUUUCUAUUGCGUCCCCCUUCGGUUAGUCAUCAAAAGCUAUAGACUCUUUUGUAGGCGUUUACUUUCCUCUGUCAACUACUUUUAGUUGAUUGUAGCCUUUUUCUUUCUAGUGUUUCACAAAGAAAUGCACCAGCCACCAAAUAAACAAAGUUUAUUUAUAGAACUUAAAUGUGGUGUUGGGAUGGUGAAAUGGGUGGAAUGAAAUACAUUUUGGGGCAGAGAGAUGGCUAUGUCAUAGGGGGGGACAAAAUGUGACAUGAAAAUGUUAAAAAAAUAUUUGUGACCGUCUUCCAAUGCAUGUAGGCUUUUUAGGUGUUCAGUGAUGGUUCUCAUUUAAAUAUUCCAGUUAUUUAGCUUCUUCACUUUUGUUUUCUCAAAGACACAGACCAAAAAGGAGUAAUGCGUUAUGCUGUAUGUACAGAGUUCUUAGAUGUUUCAAUCGGGAUGGGUUAAUGAAUACAGCCCAGCCUUACGGGGUAAUGCUGGGCCGUAUUCAUUAGGAACCAAACUGGCUGAAACAGGGAGGGACUUACCUGAAUUUGUCCAACAAUAAAUGUUUUUUUUGCCAUUACUAAAUGUUUUUGCUACGGUGCAAAACGUUUCACUUUCGGUGUACACUAAUGAAUAGGACCCUGGGUUUAUACUCCACCAAACGGUCUCUGGAUCAGAACUUUGCUGGGGCAUGCACCGAAGUGCGUGAAGUCACAUAGAGGUUAUGGAGUACAUUCAGCCUUUACAUUUUUUUAAUCAGUUUGUCUUUGGUGUAUUUAAAAACUGUGGCCUCCCCACUAGCAGGGUAUUGUUCAGUAGGGCGAAAACAUUUUAAAAACCGAGUGAUACAGGUAGAUGCUACUACCUGAACUUAUCCAAUAGGAAUGUGUGUUUUUGGUUGCAAACCAUUUUGCUACGUUGUGCCCUACUGAACAGGACUCAGGUGGAAGUUCCCGGUCGAGACAGGGCUUAAACUCUCAUCUACUCAUAAUAAUCUGUUUUGCUCACAGGCCACACUACAACUUUGCAUCGUACCAAAAAUACCAGUUAUCAAUAAUGUAAUUAUGAUGAUUAUAUUUCACACAAAAAAGUUGGUGAAUAAAAAGUUUUCAGUUUUGGGGUAGAGGGAAUUGUAUUUGUAUUUUUAUGGUGUUGUCUGGCCUCAUGUCGUUUAAGUUUGGGGUUAUAUGGGGGGGGGGGGGCUGUUAUGUCUGUCACACUAGUGCUAAAGAAUUGAUUGUAUUGUUGCUGAGGAGACGACAGAGCAUCGUUGCCGUAGAGAGCACCUGUUCCAUGGGAAGUCAUGUUGUUUUCUCCCUUUACUCCAUCUCAGAAUCUGCAUCCUAUUGGUUUAGCUCUAUGAUUUGGCCAAUCAGCAAGGGCUUUACUCUGUUAAUAACUGUUACCAAAAAGGCACCACUGGUUUUAUUACGAUAAACAAGGUAGUCUUCAGUUUCUCUGAUUUCAUUUUAUUUUUAUUCAGCUUAAAAUUGUUAUUUACAAUCAUACAUCAACUGUUAAGAGUACCGGGCAUUUUGAUAAAGGACAAACUAUAUAUUAAACAGAUAUAUACAGACAUCGUUACAGAGAACUCUUAUAUUGUAUUACCCAAAUUAGUGUCCUUGUUUACUGUUAUUAUAAACAUUUCAUAUACCUUAUUAUAUCUUACAAAUAAUGCUACCACUACUACACCAAAUUAGUCUUGUCUUUUUCUACCAGUCGUAAAUGGAUGUCACUGUACAGAUUGUGGAAUGUUCGUUUCUCUUUUUAUAAACCCUCUGCUUUAUUUUUGGGUGAGUUGYCUGAUUGUUUGGUCUAAUGUUCUUUUGAGGUUGGGGCAAGUUAAUUUGUUCGUUUUUUWAAAUGAUUAUUUUCAUAUUUUAACUUGGUCUUUUUGUUAAUUGGGGUUGCAGUGUGGGGGUUAUGGGUAUUGUAGUUGUGUUUGGUACUGUGUGAAUUCCAAUUGGAACUUUUGUGAAACCGCAUUUUAGCAAUAACCGCUGAAUUAAUGCAAGAGCCAUUGUUGGCCAUCUUGCUAGCAUAUACCGUGAAUGCAUUUAAUCAGCCCUUACCUCAACUGGGGGGAAAAAACAUCUUUCUCUCACAUUUUUUGAAAUCCCUUGAUUUCCCUUAUCCAUUUAACUUCGGCCAUUUUGUCUGGAUUGACCCUAUUUUUUWAAUAUUUUGUGUUCUCACAGUAUUUUAUAGUAACGAUACAGUUAAACGUAAAAAUGGAGCUACUCCUAUACAGGUUGGGCCAAUAUUGAGUCACAUACUGUAGGAUUCUACCACAUAAUAUUAUAUCUGCGACCGUAGAAUUCCACAGCACCAAAUCAAACGAUACAUUAAAGCCUUUGUCACUUGGUUUUGUUAGUAUCUUUGUAUAUUGCUCACUCUUCUUCGUCCCCCUGUAUUUGAAAUACCCCCGCUUGUCUCUACCUCUGUCUCUUGUAUAUAAAACCCCACUGUUUCAAGACCUGUGAGUCUGUACGAACUCAUUUUAUACCUCAACUUUAGAAUUGUUCUAGAACGAGUAAAAAGAAUGACAAGUUGUAGUGUUCCUUAUUAGAAGAAAAAAAUGAAUAAAAUAAUUGUGCUUUUCA